UGGACACCUAAAGCACGCGAUGUAGUGUGCAGUCGACAUUUUUCUCCGGAAGAUUUCCGCAGAACAACCCACGACCAGCCGGCGAAAGCCAGAUGCUUAAGAGCGAACGUCGUGCCGACUCAGUUGGAUUGUGUAGAAGAGUACCGCUCUCCAAGGAAUACACAUUUAGCAGCGGGAAGUGGUGUCCGGACGUGCUGUGUGUGCGGAUGUUGGCGGCCACUGGACGAGACGGAACUUAUUCCAUCCGAGCGACUGAACUUCUUUCCCUUUCCGGAUGACGAUCGCUUACGCCAUUCAUGGUUAACCGCUUGUCGUCAAUGGAAUACCCAUUUGACCGUAUCGAAAGAGUCACUUGUGUGUGAAAAUCAUUUCUCAUUGGAUAAUUUGGCACGGCUGUUGGCUGGCGGAUUGCUGUCAAAGAGCGAUGUGAUUCCGACGGAAAAGACUUUCGCGAAGCUGCCUGCUCCUAUUAGAUUAAAGAAAAUCAGUGUGGAGGUUGGGAGCUGCAGGAUUACGGAUCGCGCCCCCGGUUACAAAUGCUGCGUGCCGGGAUGUGGGAAUCGUGCGCAUGUUGAGGGCAGACUGGAGAAGAUAACAUUUCAUGUUUUUCCCCGCCUCGGCACUUCAUCCCGCUUCUGCGAAUGGAUGAACCGGAUUCGUUGCUCGAUUUCGUGGAGACCUCACCCGCUCAAUCGAGUAUGUAGUAAGCAUUUUAGCCCUAAGGAUUUUGUGGAGGAAACGGCGAAAGGCAGACAACCGCGCACUAGUCUGUUGAAGAAAGAUGUGAUGCCGUCUCUGCUGCAGUGCGUCGAGAAGUUUCGAUGCCCGAUGGAUUUGAGUGAACCGGCUGAUUUGAAUGAAGUUCGCAUGUGUUGUGUGUGUGGUUGGUGGCGUGUAGUUAGUGAAAGGUAUGUCCGAUCGGAACUGCUGACGUUUUUCCCGUUCCCUGCGGAUGACGAGCAGCGCACAAAGUGGGUUGAUGUUUGCCGUGAAUGGAAGCCCGAUUUUGUCUUCUCGGAGGGGUUGCUGGUGUGCGAAAAUCAUUUUCAGUUGGACGAUUUGACGUGGGUGCCUGUGAAUAGGUUUAACAGGGAACUGAAAUUAAGAAACGACGCCAUUCCGUCGGAAAGAUGUCUUCGUCUGCUGAGCGCUGUGAGCGAUCCGCACUCGUCAGAUGACGUGACGGAUGGAAUGACAGGAGUGCCGGUUGAUGGUUUCGGCGAAUUGUCUUCGUGUGAUCGGGCGGUUGAUGACGGAGAAAGUGGAGCCGACAGUGACGCUGGUGAUUAUGAAGAAAGGGACAUAAUGCCGGCGGAUGAGAGUGCAUGGGAUUUCGAUGCUUUGGAUGAUGAUGAUUCGCUCAUGGAAGUCGACUACCCGGACGCACCCGUUCUACACAUCACAGAACCGCUGUGUGCUCCCUUGAGAAUAACGAGAGCCGUUGAAAAUGGUCUUCCGGAGGAUGAGGAUUUCAGUAACGUUUCAGAUGCUGGCGUUCAGGAUAUGGCUUUGGCACUGCCUUUUACGGCGGAGGAGCCAGUGAAGGAGGCGCCUCCUCUUUCGUCUCCGCGAUGUGCCCUGGAUGACGCUUUAAUAUACUGUGACUGUUGCCACAAAUUCCUCCCUACUCCUUGUUGGCUGCAUGCAGCCAGCGUCUGCGAUGAACCAGUUGUUCCGUUGGCCGUCGGCAGUUUGCCCAAGAUGCUCUAUUUGGAUGUCUGCGACGAUUCGUUAACCGGGAAAGCUGUGUUCACCAAGGAAGUCAUUGCCCGUCACACGGUGUUCGGACCAUUAAUUGCUCCAGUGGCAAUGGGAGAUAGUGAAAAGGCGUUGUAUUUUUGCAUUACGGACAAGCCCCGCAAACAUUACGAACUGGAGUCGGAUUACGCCUGCAACUGGAUGAAGCAUGUCCGUUUUGCGGACAGCCUGCAAAACAGCAAUCUGCUGGUGUUCUCGCGCGCAUCGCAGGUGGUCUUCGUCACCAUCAAAACUGUCGCGCCGCACGAAGAACUAAAGGUCUGGUACUCGAAGCAGUAUUUGGAAAUGCUGGAAACGCCGGGACACGGUGCUGUUGAAGAUGUAAAACUGGAAACAAAGGAUGAAGGUGAUGAAGCUUGUGUACCAUUGGAUGAUGAUAAUGGCCAAGCAUCGGAAGCCACCCCCAGGGACAAGAAUCUGAUCGAAAGUACCACAGUGGGAACCGUUUCUGUGUCCCAUUUGCCGAUGGAAAGCGAGUCAUCGUUGCCAGUAACAGUAGAGUCUGAUUACCGACAGACUGGCGAAAACUCUCGUGUGCGCUCGAAAAGCAAGCGAACCAACAAAAAGCGGAAGUUUUUCACUAGUAAUAUCUGUUCGGAAUGCAAUGUGAGAUUUCGGAGGGAGGAUAUGCUACGUUUGCACCAAUUGGGCCACACAGGCUACGACGAUCCGCCUGAACGAGAGUGUCCUGAAUGCUCGAAACAUUUUGGCGACUUUCCUGCUUUAUUGAAGCAUGUUGACGAGCAUGGAACACCGCUGGUACAGUGCCCGGUUUGCAAUGAAACCUGCAGUUCGAGCGUUGUCCUGCUUCAUCUACAACGAUAUCAUCCCGGAAUCGAAAGAAGAAAGCUGUAUUGGGAGCGUUUGAACUGUGAUAAGUGCGGGUUGCGAUUUGCCAGUAACUUCCUCUACCGUAUACAUCAGCUGGGCCAUCAGGACAGGGAGUGUAUCGACAGUAUAAAAAUCACACGAAAAUGUCCCGAAUGCGGUGAGAUGUGCGAAAGCCUGGAAAAAUUAACGGAGCACGUUUAUGCGCACGGGAAGCUAACGAAGAAGUGCCCAGUGUGCAACGGCUAUUAUCCAGGGUUGAAGAAACAUAUCGCACGUUGCCAUCCGAAGUAUCUAGCCAGGACAAGGUGUUCGGAAUGUGGGAAAGAAUUUGGGAAGGCGGCUGCCUUAAUUAAACAUAUGCGGGCCCAUCGGAAGAAGGCAUCUCUGGAUAGCUCGACGUGUCAGGAUUGUGGUCUGCAGUUUGGAAAAGACAGUUUAUUUGUCUUACACAAGACCAGCCAUGGUACGACAUCCUAUCACGCUGUUUUCGGCACUCAAAAAUGUCCCGAAUGCGAUGAAACUUUUGAGGAGACGGCUGAGUUGUUUCAGCAUAUUAUUACGCAUGCUGUAGCCGCGAAGAAAUGCCCCGAAUGCGGCCACUGGGUGGGCUCCCUGCGUAUGCAUCUGAAGCGACAGCAUCCUGGAACACCGCUUCUUGGACACCAGCUUCGCUACCAUACAGUCACAUGUCUGCAGUGUGGUUUGCGUUUCAGCACUGACUUAUUGCGCCGCAUCCACGAAUGCGAACAUGGAGGCAAAGAAUUAGCCGACGAUCUACGAAGCAGAACGGCAUGUUGUGAAUGUGCAGAGGGAUUUGACAGCUUCGACGCCCUGGUGAAGCAUGUCAAAAUUCACGGUAGACAAACGGAAGAAUGCCCGGUUUGUAAGCGACGUUUUUCUUAUCUGGACAACCACAUCCGGCAUGAUCAUCCCGGUUACCAGUAUAAAUUGAUCGGACGUCCUGAAGUGCAACCUGACAAUGACAGUGAUCAGCGGGUGAAGGAAGUGAAAUACAGGAAUGUGACCUGCAAUCAUUGCGGUCUGCGGUUUGACAGCGAAGCCGUAUGCGAUCUGCAUCGGAGGCAGCAUGCGGAUAAGGGCGCUAUGAACGAUUAUCGAGUGGAUGGGGACGAGUGCCCGCAGUGCGGUGAAUCGUUCCAAGAAUUCGCCGCGUUGAUGGCGCAUGUGGAUUCGCACGGAAGACGCACGGAUAUGUGUCCGGUGUGCGGUCGCUGGUAUGCUGCGGUGAAGCAGCACAUUCGCCGGGAUCAUCCUGAUAAUUACGCCGAAUCUACCGCUCAAGAAAACCCAGGAAGUGACCCACCGGGGACGAAAGAACCUGAUGGGUAUCGGUGUUAUAAAUGUGGAAAAAUGCUUCCUUCGCGUCGGAGCUACGAUUUGCAUUUGAAGGCUCAUCGGAUAAAGGAAGCGCGGUUCAGUUCCGUGACUUGCAACGAGUGCGGACUGCGAUUUAUAAGUGAAGUAUUAUGUCAACUGCACAAGUUGCGGCAUGACAACGACGGAUGCAGCAAUAUGGAAUUGAGAAACACCAAAUCCUGUCCCGAAUGUCAAGAAGAAUUUGAAGAAGUAGAAUUGCUGGCCGAUCAUGUUGCCGCGCACGGGAAAGCGACUAGCAAGUGCCCUGUGUGCAGUUGUUGGUUCAGCCAGCUCCGGAUGCACGUGCAGCACGAACAUCCUGAUUCCUUUAGAGAUUACUUUGUUCGUCGACGGAGGCAUUCCAGCGCAAAGGACCCGGAUAAGACGUUAGUCAAUGAAUCCCGGCGAAAGCAGCUGCCGAAACGUUACUCUUGCACAAAAUGUCCGAAGAGUUUUGCAAGUAUUGUUCAUUUUCAGUCUCACAUGAAGGUGAAUGUCUCCAGCGCAGCGGAUAAUUUAACUUGCGACACGUGCAGUUUGCAGUUUGCUAGCCAAAUCCUCUGCGAUUUGCAUAAAGUGACACACGGGAUAUCGGCGGAUAUGGACAUUGUGAAAAUUUGUCCAGAAUGUGGAGAAGUUUUUGAACAGUGGGAGAAAUUGGUGGAGCAUGUUGGCACGCACGGCGUGAAGACGGCCCACAUUAAUAAAAUUUCCAAAUGCAAGAUCUGCCAACAGCGCUUCCCGUCGGAUUGCCUGUUAGCGCAGCACGCCAAAGAACACGAAAAUCGCGAGUCUGCACAAGACGCGCCAUCGUCCAGCGAAUGCGUCAUUUGCCGGCAGCGCUGCGCCGACUCCAGUGAACUACAGCAGCAUGUUAAAACGCACAACGGCAGUCGUGGAUUCGAGUGUCCUGGUUGUACAGCUACGUUUCCGUUUUAUCGUUUGCUGUCGCAGCAUGUAACCACCCAUCAGCACCUGCCGGAACGGAAGGAUUUUACGUGCGGGAUCUGCCGUGCAACGUUUUCCACUGACGAGGAUUUGCAGCUGCAUGUGUUCACACACGAUGCGGAAUUAACCGUUAAAUGUCACCAGUGUGGCGAACACUUCACGGACGUGGCUGACCUUUACACUCACACUGCUCUCGCGCAUGAAGCAUCCAUUGUGAACGGUUCGGAUGAGGAGAUGAACCGGAAAUGUUGGCGAGAAAUUAUGUCUGAAUUGCCGAAUGAGGAUGCAUUAUAAUCACGUGAUCUUUUAAUAACGUACCGUGUAGUGUAUUAUGCUUGCCAUUUAAAGACAACGGAAACGUUGGCUGCUACCCUUUUUUAACGCAUGCAAAAGUCGCCACACUUCUGCUGGAAGCAAUUGAGAAUCGAAUCUGUUCCAUGUUUUCUAGCUGGAAAUCAGGAAAUGGAAUCCUGCCGUAGAAAUUGGACUGUUGCGUGGUUGCAAUACUUCUCUUAUUAUAACGUGAUCUGUGAAUUCUUUUUUGUAGUUGCUGUAUAUGAUUUCAUUUAUCUUUUGUGGUUAUGCGCUAGUUUAUGAUGGGUGCUUUUCUGGUGGUUUGCUCACUCCUUCCGUUGAUCUCUGUUUACAAAUGUAUGUACUUAUUGUUAGUGGCUGUGGCUUAACGUCGUUGGCCAAAUAAAAGUCUUUCGAAUAUGAAGUACUGGAUGUUUUUGUCGUUAUCCUGCUUGUUUAGUUCUUCUCUCUGGCAAUGUUGUAUUUAUUUCGCUUCGUUGAAUAAUUUUCCAGUAAAAACGCAGCAAUUUAUUUUCACGUUUUUUAACAACGCCACCACAGUGUUCAUUUCAUUUAUUACGAGUU